AUGGCGGGUGCAGUGGCAGCACUGCCAGACAUUAAACAGGCCUCUCAAGUAGCUCGCGAGGUGUUCCUUUCCACUCGGCACACUCUCCUUGUUGGGCCAGCCGCUCGAGAUUUCGCUAUCUCACGAGGUUUUCAACCAACACAACUCGAGACGAAUCAUUCAGAGACAGAGUGGCAUCGCUGGCAUGACGUCAAGCAUUGUCAGCCAAAUUUUCGUCGCCGUGGUUUCUGGACUCCUGAUCCAGGCGUGAAUUGUGGUCCAUACACAACAACCGAAGACAAAGUUCCGGGCCGCAGUGGAUCCGGUUAUCCUGGAGCAACCGAGCGACCGUCAGGAACGGUGGAUGAGGAACACCAUGAUACAAUUGGCAUGAUUGCGAUUGACCACAAUGGCCGAAUGGCUGUUGGCACUUCUACGAAUGGCGCUGCUUUUCAUGUGCCUGGAAGAGUUGGUGAUACUCCGAUCGUGGGUGCUGGAGGCUUUGUGGAUGGGGAUGUUGGUGCGGCGGUUGGAACUGGGGAUGGUGACGUCAUGAUGCGCUUUCUUCUCUCCUUCAAGACAGUUGAACUCAUGAGAUCUGGCAUCCCUCCUACCCUCGCUUGCCAGAUGAGUCUGGCAACCGUUAGACAGAAUGGAACAUGGCACGGAGGACUUGUGGCCCUGAGGAAGGAUGGAUUAUUCGGGGGCGCCUGUGUUGGAUUCAAAAACUUUAACAUUUCUUUCCGCUCUAAAUGGACAGGUAAUAUGACUCGGAUUAUAGACAUAUGUUGCUCUGACAAGCGUAAAUAG